GCAUUUGCUUUUGUUCUUUUAAUUGUUUAAGAAUAUUGUAGUGAUUUGAAAAAGAGGAUUACUUAAUUAAUUGGAGGAGAUUGUAUAUUUCUAAAUUUAUUAUUUAUUAAAUAACCAUAACUUAUAUUACCUCUCUGAUUCCCGUGUAGACUUGUUUGUUGAAAUCGUGGCUUUCGUCUGAGAUAUGGAAUUAGGUGAUCGAUUUAUAUUUUAGAGUAAAAAAUCUUUUUCUUUAAAUCACUAUACUUGUUAAUUGUAUUUAAUUUUUUUGAUACACAUUAAUAUAUAUAUUUUUAAUUAUUAUUACAAACAUUUAUAACUAUUUAACUAUAUCUUCCUGUCCAGACGAUCUGCGUAGUCUUUUAAACUCGCCUUUGGCCGUCUGUACAAGAAGACAAAAAUAACGCGAAAGCCCGCGUGAACGGCAGACUGGAAUUCUUAUAAUAUGAUAUCUUAAUGUGUGUGUGUAUGUGUGUGUGCUUAAUCUUAAUUGCUAAUAAUUAUUAUAAUUAUUUUCUUAAAUACAGUUAUAUAUGCUGAUUUUGAAGCACUACUAAGAAAAUCCGAUGAAAAAUGUGGGAACAAUACAAAAGUUAUUCAAAAACACGAGGUCAUGAGUUAUGGUUUUAUGGUUAAAGCAAAUAACGACGUUCCCGCAGAACUGCUUGAACAAUUUAAUAUUCCAAUUUCACCUAUAAUUUUUCGUGGCGAUGAAGAUAAUCAGAAUGUGGGUGAAAAUUUUGUGAAGAGUAUCGUUGAAAUAGCUGAAAACAUUGAAAAAUUACUACAAACCAACAUACCAAUUACCUUUACUACAGAACAACAACAAGCACACAAUUUAUGCAAGACAUGUAAUUUAUGUAAAAACGGUUUCUCUGUGGGAAACCAUAAAGUUGCUGAUCACUGUCACUUAUCGGGUAAAUUUCGACAAACAUUGUGUAAUACCUGCAACCUCAAGCUUCAAACACCAAAUUUUGUACCAUGUUUUUUUCACAAUUUAUCAAAUUAUGAUGCACAUUUUAUUGUAACUGAACUCGGUCUCGAUGUGAAAAGAAUUUCUGUAAUACCAAACAGUGAAGAAAAAUUCAUCUCAUUUUCAAAACACGUUUCCAACAACUUUUCAAUACGGUUCAUCGACACAUUAAGAUUUAUGGCUUCAAGUUUAUCAACACUCUCGGAAAAUUUAUUAACACCAGGGUUCGAAAAGUUUAGAGAAACAGCUAAACAUUUUAAUACCGCAGACUUGCCACUCGUUACUCGUAAAGGUGUUUACCCUUAUGAGUAUACGGAUGGUUGGAACAAGCUGGAGCAAACCAAUUUACCAGAGAAAGCAGAUUUCUACAGUACACUAACAGAAUCAAAUAUACAAGAAGAAGAUUAUGAACAUGGAGAAACUGUUUGGAGUCACUUUGGAUGCAAGUCUUUGGGUGAAUACAGUGAUCUAUAUCUGAAAAUUGAUGUUUUAUUGUUGGCUGACGUGUUUGAGAACUUCAGAGACCUAUGUUUAACCACAUACUGUUUGGACCCAUCUUUUUACUAUACAGCACCAGGAUUCUCCUUUGAUUGUAUGCUAAAAUAUACCAGAGUCAAAUUAGAGUUACUCACAGAGUAUGAUAUGCUGUUGAUGAUUGAAAAGGGAAUUCGAGGCGGUCUGACACAAGCAAGUAUGAGGUAUGCUAAAGCUAAUAAUGAAAAGACCCCAGAUUAUGAUCCAACAAAGCCCAAAUCAUGGUUAAUUUAUCAAGAUUGUAAUAAUCUGUACGGUUGGGCAAUGUCACAACACAUGCCCUAUGGUGGUUUUAAGUGGGUUGAACCUAAGCUAGAAGGGCUGAAUGAUUUGAACGAUACAUCACCCAUCGGACGGAUAUAUGAAGUUGACAUUACUUAUCCGAAAGAACUCCAUGAUAAACACAACGACUUACCUUUCCUACCACAAAACGGUAUCCCAGCUGAUUCAAAAGUUAAAAAACUCAUGGCAACACUUCAGUCGAAAAAAAACUAUAUUAUUCAUUACCGAAACCUCCAACAAGCUAUAGCCAAUGGACUCAUAGUUGAAAAAGUUCAUAGAGUAGUUCAGUUUAAUCAAUCACCAUGGCUGGCUCCAUACAUAGCACUAAACACAGAGAUGCGAAAAAAAGCAGCAAAUGACUUUGAGAAAGACUUUUUCAAACUUUUAAAUAAUGCGGUUUUUGGGAAAACCAUGGAGUCUAUGCGGAAAAGAAUAAAAAUGGAACUGGUGUAUCACAGUAGUGAUUGACGUUUACAAAAACUGAUAAAUCAGCCAACAUUCAAACACUGUACUACAUACAAUGAAACUCUAAAUGCAGUUGCAUUAGAAAACAAAAUCAUUGAUUUUUGUAAACCUAUUUAUGUAGGUAAAUAUACUAUACAUGACUACACCAUAUGCAUAACACGAACAUAUAAGUAUCAUUAUUGUAGAUUAAAACAAACAUAAAUGUUAUAAUUUCGUUAAAAAUAGUAGGUGUAAAAUGAGAGUUUUGGAACCUGAGCUUCUGAGCCGCUGAGCCUUGCUGAGCCGCCGCCGUAGCUGAGAUGCCGCCGCCGCCGCCGCCCGGUUAGGUUCCGGAACUCUCAUUUUACACCUACUAUUUUUAACGAAAUUAU